AUGAUAAAUCAUGAAACGCAGGUAUCUCUCCCUCAUAUUCAGCUAUCGUUUCCCGAGUUGAGUUCAUCGCUGCUGCCUUCUGUUUCAGAGGUUCCUCUUACAGAGAUUAGAAAGAAUGCUCAGAAAAAAGGACAACUUCUCGAGCGCUAUCUGGUCGAUGAAAAUCUCGGAGAAGUCGAGCGGGCUGAAUAUCUGCUCACGAAAGGAACAUCUGUACAAAAGUGUUCUGUACUUGAAAACUUGCCAUCUCUAUUUCAAAGACACCAACAAAAAGCCAUCUCGAAAAUAGUCUCCCUCUUCUCGGAUAAAAUCGGAAAAGAAGAUGAAGAAACUCAAAUUAUGAUUGGAGACUAUUUGGUUCCGUGUUUUCCUUUACUACAUCCAGAAAAUAUGAAAGAAGUAUUCGCGCUUAUACAAUCAAUGAUAAAUAACUCUGGAGAGCAUGUAUCAUCAGUUUGGCAAGAUGUAUUAAUCUCUGCCGUAGAUUUUAUGGCACCCUCACUCUUGGAACAUGAAAUUAUUCCCUUUGCCAUCCAGAAAGGAAGCUUAUCAGAAUCAGAAGGCAAUCGAUGUUUUUGCGCCAAGCUGUUGGGUGCUCUUUCAAAACGUCUGCCCUUCCAAAUCAUAAAGCAGUCGUAUCUUCAAAAAUCGUUGGAUCUUUGUCAAGACACAUCAUUCUCGGUAAGAAAGACAAUGGCACAAGAAAUUAUUAAUUUAUCAAAAGGAUUAGGCCCUGAAAAAUCCAAACAAUUUUUAAUGCCUGAGUUAUUUCAGCUUGUAAAAGAUGAAACCAAAUUGGUGAGACAGGCAGCCUUGGAAACUUUGACAAACAUGUUAAGCUUUUUCGAUGAAAAAUAUAGAGCGGAUCAAAUUCAACAAUAUUAUUUGAACUGGGUCAAAUCACCUCCGAGCGAUUUGUACAGAAUACUCGUUGAGAGGUUUGGAGAAAUAUUCUAUUACUUACAAAUUAGGGAAGAGGAUCAAAUUGCAUGUUUUGUCAACUUUUUUGUUUCAGCAGCUAAAGACAAUUCUCAAGAAAUUCGUGAAUUUUGUGCAUUCAAUUUUCCUGCUGUUGUUAAGUGUGUUGGAUCCAAGAGGUAUGAGAAAUGUUUGCAUAACAGCAUGGUGGCUUGUUGCGAGGAUCCAAGUGUGGCUGUUAGAAAGAGGAUUGCUUCUGGUUUUCAUGAGAUAGUUAGGCUGCUAUCAGAGGAUGGAACGGCCAAACUCCUUAAAAACCUUUUCUUUUCCCUGCUGUCGGAUUCCAAUAUGGACGUGAGAGACAAAAUUGUGCAAAACUUGAACACGAUUUUAACAUGCUUUAAAACAGCUUUAGCAAAAACAUCGGAUUCCUUUUUUACCAAUGUGAUCAGCUCCAUCAACAAUUAUCACAGUGGAGUGCAAAACGAUUGGAGAAGAUUGGAAAACUAUUUUUCCCAUUUUCAAUAUUUUCAUUUAUAUUUUUCGAGAGAUCAAAUAAUAGACACGUUCAUUCCCAUUCUUAAAAAACAAAUAUUUGAGGGAGUUGCACAACCUGUAAAAAUUCAAGCCGCAACCUCACUUGUGAUUGUCACAAGAGGACUUCAAAGCUUACCAAGACAAAAAGAUAUUUUGUCGAGCGUAACCAAGGACCUUAUCAGCAGCAGGUCUUAUUCCAAUCGCAUGAUGUUUUUUGAUUUAUGUAUUCCAAUCAUGGAACAUUAUAGCAAAAAAUUUUCGAAAGAACUACUUUUCGAUAACGUUAUGAAAAUGGAGAAGGACAAAGUUCCUAAUGUUCGAAGACGGUUUUGCUUCAUGCUUCCAGAGUUGAAAAAAACAUUGACACUUCCUGAUGAUGUCCUUCUUCUAGCGAAAAUUAAGGAAAAACUCUCUUAUUUGAGCUUGGAUAAAGACAGAGAUGUUAAGGAGGCAGCCAUGACUGCAAGGAACAUCCUUCAUACUAUUGAAACUGAAACAAAUCGAGGAUUCAGACUCAACCUUCAAAGCAUGGACGACAUUGCUGACAAGAAAAAGGAGAAGGAAGAGUCAGAAUGGACUGAUCGAGAAUAUAUUACAUCAAUAACAUACAUGAGCCCGAACACGUCCUCUUCAACUCAGAUUUCUCCUCCUUCCACAUCCAUUUCUUCUAUGAGAAGGAAAUCUAUUCCCAAUGCUUUGAAACCUCCUACCACUUCCUCUAGUAACCCUCCAAAAUCUAAAUCUCCGUCGCCUACACCUUUUUCGUCCUCCUCUGGUAAGCCCAAGAGUGGAAACACUAUUUCAAGAACUCAAAGUUCCACAUCAAAGAAUAUCACCUCAAACGAGCCAUCAUCCAAACACAAAAGUAAAUCAACUCCCUCUCUUUCUGUGAACCAUUCCCAUUCCAUUCCUCGAAGUACCUCUUCCCAAUCCAAACAUUGA